AUGGAUGCACGCAUUCGUCAACCAGCAGAAGUGCUUGGGAUACACCGAAUCAUUGACUUGUGGGUUCAAGGUCACGUCCUUUCUACAGCUGCCAAAAGCGCUGGGGUUCCUGUUAUUUUGGAUGCUGGUGGAGUGGAUGCUCCAAUCUCACAAGAACUCAUGGGGAAUAUAAUGGUUCUGUUACUUCUGUAUAUUCGAUUAUAUGGGCAUGGUGUUAAGCAAGUCUUGGUGAAACUUGGUGCCAGAGGAUCUGCUCUUUUUGUAGAAGGGGAAGAACCAAUUAAACAACCAGUCAUAGCUGCCGAGAAAGUCCUUGAUACUACUGGAGCUGGCGAUACUUUUACCGCGUCUUUUGCUGUAGCUCUUGUGGAAGGAAAGUCUAAAAAGGAAUGCUUGAAAUUUGCAGCUGCAGCAGCUUCUCUUUGUGUUCAAGUGAAGGGAGCCAUACCGAGCAUGCCUGACCGGAAAUCGGUUAUGAAUCUGCUUCAAUCUCUUUAUAAAUCUUCUCAAGAUUUGCCAAAUUCUGUUCCAAUACAUGAGGGGCAAGUUAGAAAUGGAUGUGCUAUCGUUCUGGAUUGA